CCAAAUAAGAGAUGUUGAGCGAAGAAAGCUUAAACAAUAGGCAAGGAUACCUUCUCCUAAAGCCAAAUACACAGCAUUGAAUACACAGACCAACAACUUCACUUAAUUUACACCAACCUUACUGAAAGUAAAAUCACUUUUCUCACAUGGCGAUAGCUCGCUCUUCUGACUACAGGAAACUUUGUAUUCUCCGUCAGAGUACCAAAGGAAAAAUAUGCAAAACAUACCCAACAUCCAGCAAACGCCUCCCUAAAUUCCACCAACCAGGGCCUGUGCUAUACAUAAUAUAAGUAUAACAGGUUCCACUUGUUUCCAUCGUCACAUAGUUUUCUUCUUCAUUUUUUGCCAUCGUUUGUUAUCUUCAGUUUUCGGUUUUGUUUUGCAUUGAUGGGAGCUGCAACAAUGGCGUCCACUAUUAAUUUGUCCCCGGCGGCGAUUUUGUCCUCAUCUUCUUCGGUAACGCGGCAGCAAUUUGCAGUUUCGGUUCGAUCGGCUUGCGUGCAAGGGAGCUCGAUUUCCAUUUCGGGAACGAAACUGGCGAAAACCGCAAAAAAUUCAUCGAAAUAUUUGGAACCCCAGAUAGUGCGAUGCGUCGGGGUAGAGGAUGGUAGUGCAACAACUAUGGAUGCCGCUGUGGAAGACGAUAUUCCGAUCGAAAAAAAGUACCCUGCAUUUCCAGCGGUGCUUGAUAUCAAUCAAAUUCGUGAUAUCUUACCCCACAGAUUUCCAUUUCUGCUUGUUGAUCGAGUGGUGGAGUACAAGCCUGGUCAGAGUGCUGUUGCCAUCAAGAAUGUGACCAUAAAUGAUAAUUUCUUCCCCGGCCAUUUCCCUGAGAGACCAAUUAUGCCAGGAGUUCUUAUGGUAGAGGCAAUGGCACAAGUUGGCGGCCUUGUAAUGUUGCAGCCUGAAGAGGGUGGUUCACGUGAGAACUUUUUUUUCGCAGGAGUUGACAAAGUGAGGUUUCGAAAACCUGUUAUAGCCGGGGACACAUUAGUUAUGCGCAUGAAUUUGGUAAAGUUACAGAAACGCUUUGGUAUUGCAAAGAUGGAAGGGAAGGCUUAUGUUGGUGGAGAAGUAGUCUGUGAAGGUGAAUUUAUGAUGGCCAUAGGGAAUAGUUAAUGUAUGUGCACUUGACAAAUUAGUUUUAUCCAUCUAUUUUUGGAGGAUGAUCUUUUUUCAUGCAAAGUAGGACUGAUGAUUCUUCAGUUGCAUGCUACUAUUUCUGGAUGUCUGGCUAAUCAGUACUGAUAUCAUACCAAAGCAUGCCGAGCCAUUUUAUCGGGAUCACAACUGUUAUGAAUUUGAUAAAAUGUGAAUUGUACUAAUCUUAUCCUGGAUAUAGGUCCCUUGUAGAUUAGAUUCAAUAAGCAUGCAUGCUUGUCUGGAGAAUGAGAUUUAGGUUUGUAACAAGUUUUUUGAAAGUGGACUUUACUUCAAUUUCCAUUGAAACUUGUAGAUUUCAUACGUAUCAAGUGAUAAUGGCAGACUAUGUAGCAUUUCUACCCGACUAUUUCUAGUUAAUUAAUUGUGACAUUUCAAUGGC